AGAAGUUGUUACAGUCAGUAGAUCUUGAGACAGAAAUUGCUGGAAAGACCACUGAAGUUGAGCAACUAAAGCGCAAAACAGAGAAAUGGUUGCUAGAAUCUCGGAACUUGAGAAGACAAUGGACGACAAAGGAACUGAACUCUCUGCUUUAACCCAAAAACUUGAGGAUAAGGAGAAGCAAUCAUCCUCCACAACUGAGAGUCUGACAGCUGAGAUCGAUGGCCUAAGAGCAGGACUAGAGUCGCUGUCUGCUCAAAAAGAAGAGUUAGAGAAGCUAAUGGAGAGCAAAGGCGAUGAAGCUUCAAUGCAGAUUAAGCUAAUGGAUAAGAUAAACAAAGCCUCUGCUGAUACAGUGGUGUUAACAGAACAGAUCAACAGUCUGCAGCAUGAACUUGAUUCUCUGCAGGUGAAGAAGAGUGAAACCGAAUCAGAGUUUGAUAGAGAGAAGCAAGAGAAAUCAGAUUUGUCUAAUCAGAUCAUCGAUGUCAAAAAAGCAUUGAUAGAGCAAGAAGCUGCUUACUAUACGCUGGGAGAGGAACACAAACAGAUCAACCAACUGUUAAAAGAACGUGACGAAGAACUUAAUAAGCUAACAGAGGAUCACAAAGAAGCCCAAAUGUUAUUGGAGGAGACAAGUAAUGAAGUAUCAUCCAGAGAUUCUGCAAUCGCAGGUCAUGAAGAGACAAUGGAGAGUUUACGUAACGAGCUAGAAACGAAAGGAGAAGAGAUAGAAACUCUCAUGGAGAAAAUCAGUAACAUCGAGGUUAAGCUACGUUUAUCCAACCAGAAACUGAGGGUAACCGAACAGGUGCUAACAGAGAAAGAGGAAGCUUUCAGGAGAGAAGAAGCUAAACACUUAGAGGAACAAGCAUUGCUUGAAAAAAGCCUCACAGUGACUCAUGAGACUUAUCGAGGUAUGAUGAAAGAGAUAGCAGAGAAAGUGAACACAACACUAGAUGUCUUUCAAUCAAUGUCUGAAAAACUCACGGAGAAGCAGGGGAAGUAUGAGAAAACGGUAAUGGAGGCAUCUAAACUACUAUGGGCUGCGAGGAAUUGGGUGAUUGAGAGGAAUCACGAGAAGGAGAAGAUGAAGAAAGAGAUGGAGAGGAAAGAAGAGGAAAUAAAGAAGCUUGGAGAGAAAGUAAGAGAAGAUGAAAAAGAGAAGGAGAGGAAAGAGGAGGAAAUAAAGAAGCUCGGAGAGAAAGUAAGAGAAAAUGAAAAGGAGAAGGAGAGGAAAUAAAGAAGCUUGGAGAAAAAUUAAUAGAAGAUGAAAAGGAGAAGGAGAGGAUGAGACUUUGGUUGGACUUGGAGAAGAGAAAAGAGAAGCAAUAAAGCAAUUAUGUGUGUGGAUCGAUCACCACUAAGGUCGAUGUGAAUAUCUUGAAGAGGUUUUGUCUAAGACUGCUGUGGGUCGAGGGCAAAGACAGUCGCAGCGAGCCUAAGAGCUAGCGCCAUCAUCGGAGACAGUAUGAUACGUUGUUUUUCUUUCUCACCUCACAUGAAUGCAAACAAUGUAUUAUGUGGUUCUUAGGUUUUGUGUUUUGGUCAUUCAGGAAGAAGCUGGACUUCCGGAAAACUCCUGGCUGAGAGGAUAUAUUUGGUCGAUUACUUUUGUGUAUGUUAUGUUAGUGUGAUUGUAUUGCAUUAUUCAUCUCCCCUGUAUUCGUUUUUGAUGUUUUUUUCAAGUCAAAUUGGGUUUUAUUGUGUGUAAAGUUUGGUGGUGGGAUUUAAUGGGAAUAAAGGGCAUCCUGCAAAUGAAUUUUUGGAUUGUGAUUUUUGGAUGGUGUGAUUGUACAGAACGAUUAAUCAAUGUUGUCGGUAUAGUGUUUCUGAGUCUUUGGUAUUUGUUAAAUACAAAUAUUUUUUGUUCUUGAUCAUACACAUCGCUUAGAAUCAUCCGAACCAUUUCUUGGUCUCCAAGUUAUGGUCCCCAUCCGAACCAUUUCUUGGUCUCCAAGUUAUGGUCCCUUUAAAUGAUAUGUACUUUUGGUGGAACAAUGAUUUCAAAGUUAUUUACUUGGUAAAUGCUAUAUCAUAUGAAAAGGAAUACAGUUGAGCAUAAACAAUUUUUGGUACUUAAAGGAAGAUCUAGAUCUGUAAUUUGUAAAUUCUCAUUUGUUAAGAUCAUUGCUUACAUAUAUUUUUGGUGUGAUUAAUAGUUGACAGUUAUAAAGUAAAGAAAAAGUGAAGAAACCGAAGUGAUAAAUAAAGGUUCCUAUUGGUGAUAUUUUAAAUACUUUAUUUUGUGAGUUUUAGUAAUGUGUUCUUUAAUUUUGUAUUUUUGAGAGUUAUAUUAAUAAUUUUGUAUUAAAUUAUUUUUAUGAAAAUAUAGAUAUUAAUUGUUUUGUUGGGGUUUUAAAAUAUACUAUUGAUUAAAAUUAUAUAUAGAAUAUUAGAUAUUAUUUUAGUAUAUUUUGCUCGAAUAAUAAAAAUGAAAGAUGAAGAAAUUUUGUAAAAUUUAAUAAAUGUGAUGACAUGAUGUUUCUCUCUUUCUUUGAUUACUGAAGUAGCGCAAGGAGAAAAAAAUGUGAUAUAACUUUAAUAUUAUAGGUGUUACAAAAAAAACUUCAAUAUUAUAGACUCUUUUUUUU